AUGAAGCUGACUGAACACAAGGAUGCUAUUGCAGAACUGCUGGAUUUGGCUGAGAGAAGAAGGGAUUUGGAAUUGAGAGUGCUGAGAGAGGAGGCCAAAAAGGGAGUGGAUGAAAUGAGAACAGUGUUAGCAAGGGAGAGGGAGGAGAGGAGGAGGGAGGUGAGGGAGUUGGAUUGGCCACGUGUCAUGGAGGAAUUGGCAGUUUGCAAGAACUGGGUGAAUGUUGAGCUGGAAAUCAUCCAGAGUAAAGGCCCUCAGAAGACUGCAUGGGAGCGAAUCAAGGAAGCAUCUCGAGCAACCCAUCUCAAUCUGGUGGGUGUCCGCGGCUUCUCAGACGACAUCCGCGCUCAUGUGUCCACCAUGACCCACCUGACGAGCAUUGGUUUGUACAAUAGCGCAGGCUUCAGUGCAGAGGGCAUCAAGCACCUCUACAGGCUGCCACAGCUGGAGCUGCUUAGCCUAGGCGGCACAGACGUCUCAAACAGUACCUUGGAAGUCAUUUGUUCCUUGACCAGUCUCAAGCACCUCGAUCUCCUGGGCACCAAGGUGACCGAUGCUGGUCUGCCGCACUUGACAGGUCUCCCUUCUCUCAAUAAUCGGGGGCUUUCUUGCUGCGAGGGUGUGACGGAUGCAGGUCUGGUGCAUGUGGGGAGGCUGACUGGGCUUGAGAGCCUUAGCACAUGGCAGCACACCCGCAGGCACAUGGCAGCACACAUGCCAUGCGUGCAGGUGGCUUCUCAUCUGAUUGCAGGCAGGGCGAAGUGCCGACGCACAGAGUUGGCACUGCUCUCCCCCAAGUGCAAUGUCAACAUCAGCUAUCUUCCACUCCCACCUCCUCGCUCAUCAGUAUGCCUCUACCUCCUUCAUACUCUCCCCCUCACUUCCCUCCCCUUUCCACACCAACAGCACCAACAGCGUCUGAGGGGUGGAGGAGAGGAGGCGGCGGGGGCGGCUGGGACGGCUGGGGCUGGGCGCUGGUAUGUGCGGUGGACAGAGGAGGGCAAUGUGCUGACUUUUGAGUCGACUCAAAAGUCCGCUGGUAUGUGCGGUGGACAGAGGAGGGCAAUGUGCUGA